GACAAGGAGGAUAAGAGAGACGCAGUAGUGUAAGAAAAAAAUUGGACGGAGUCCGUUGUGUUCGCGUUUUGCCAUUCAGUCGCGAACGGUCCUGUCACGCUGUGGGACUGUAGAGGAACGAGAGAUACUUUUACAAUUCUCUGUGAUCUUAAAUAGCAGUAUACAAUUAUUAUAGUCAGUGGCGUCUUCGUCGGAUUCUACUUCGUGCAUCGUUUUCGUUCGUCACUCUUUUUCCGUCUCGUUCUGUCUCGCGUGAUACUUCUAUGUGAUUUACAUAUCUUACGUGUUCAGUGCCAUAGAAAAGAAAUCUCGUCUGACGCUAAGAAAAGAUGUCGAGACCUGGCGAGAGGCAGAGCUACGCACAGACCUACAAGCUGGUCGUCGUUGGUGGCGGUGGUGUUGGAAAAUCUGCUAUCACUAUACAAUUUAUACAGAGUUACUUCGUCACGGACUACGAUCCUACCAUCGAAGAUUCAUACACGAAACAGUGCGUGAUCGAUGACGUCCCUGCCAAACUUGACAUUUUGGAUACAGCCGGCCAGGAGGAAUUUAGCGCAAUGCGCGAGCAAUAUAUGCGCAGCGGGGAAGGAUUCCUGUUGGUUUUUUCGGUGACGGAUCAUUCCUCGUUCGACGAGAUGUUCAAGUUUCACAGGCAGAUACUCAGGGUGAAGGAUCGCGACGAAUUUCCUAUGCUGAUGGUCGGUAACAAAGCUGAUCUUGAUCAUCAAAGAACUGUAUCCAUAGAGGAAGCGCAGAAUCUGGCGAGACAAUUAAAAAUACCUUACAUAGAGUGCAGCGCGAAAUUGCGUAUGAACGUAGAUCAAGCCUUUCACGAGCUGGUGAGGAUCGUCAGGAAAUUUCAGCUCUCGGAGAGACCGCCCCUCAAGCCGAAUUAUAAGAAGAACAAGAAGAGAUGCUGCAUGCUUUAAUACUUUGGCAAUAAGAGGACAGAGAGAGAGAGAGAGAGAGAGAGAGAGAAAGCGAGGACGAGAAACGAGAUAAACGAGAUAUAUUCGUAAAGAACGAUGGCCGCUUCAGGAACUUUUCACGGCGAAGAGUGGAAAAAGCUUUGAAAAAUAUGAUGAUGAAGAAGAGGGGAGGGAAUUAAGUCAAAAAUGUCUUCGGGUGCGCUGAGUGCAUGAGUGAACGAUGUUUGCGUAAAUUGCAGAGUGAAGCUUUCAAGAGCUGAAGGUCUUACCUCCUCCUCCUCGACCCUCAACACCCUUUCGACUCAUAGCUCUUCUGCUUAGUUCGAUAGUAUUGAGAACGUUGUUGAAAAUUUAAAAAGUUUCUCAAAAAAGGAAAGAAUUACGCGAACGCACGAAAUUCUGAAUAGAGAUGAGAGAUCGUUUAAUGAAAAUUGUCGUUUGUGCUAGAAGAUGUUGUUCAGGCUGAGCUCGUUGAUCGAGCUUGUAUUUCUUGUUUCUUUUUGAGAAAUUUUCUGCUUUCUUUUUGUAUCCACCGAUACGCGCGGGCGGAUAAUGACGAUGGAAUUUUAUAUAUAUAUUUUUUAUAGACAUUAAAUGCCUCAGUACAGUCGAAAGAUAUUUUGGAAAUCUCACAGAGAAAUUUUUAAUAAUUAUAAAUUUAUAAUAGUAAAGAAUUGUCAUUGUGACCGUUGACGAGGGGAUAGUUUUCUCGGGCAGUACCGUACACAAUUUUCUGAAGGGAGUAUAGAGGGUGGUGUAAUUAGAUAUCGAUAGUUAACGCAGUCACGUAUAUCUUUUCAAGCGCCUGAUUUUUUAAAUAUUUUUAUAUCUAACCUUUGUACACAGAAACAGGAAGGUACCAAGCGACUCUUGAGCCCUGACCAUUAUCUGAUUCAUUAUCGCAACGCGAAAAAUCCGGUUGAGCUCGUUCUUGUAAACAUUUGACAAGGAAAGGAUGGUCGAGAGAUUACAAGAAAAAAACAUAUAUAUACGUUUUCAAGAGCUGAACGUACGUCUGCACGUACCGGAAUACCGGUACUAUUUAAAUGUGUUCUUAAAUUCGUACAAUAUUAUAAAUAUGAGCGAAAUGGCCUGUUGAGAAAUGCAUAAGAAAAAAUUUUUUUUUUCUGUGCGCGCUUAUGGUUAAAACGACUGGAGGUAUAUAUAUAGUAUGUACGAAAGUAAUUAAUAUCUCUAGUAAUCACACCCAAUAAUUAAUUUCUAAUCAAUUGGGAAUAUAAUCUUAUAUUUAAUUUUUCAUCAAAUUUAGCAGACUAUCAAACAGCGAGCACUAGCCUUUCACAUAUAAAGAAAUUCAUUCGCAGAAUAUUUCGAGAAAAAACGUUCAAACAAAAGAAUAUUCAAGAUUUUUUAUUAUUUUUGUUUUCAUACUUAUGAUUUUUUGCAAGUAUAUUUUCUAUUUACACGAAUUCUCAUAACAGGUCGAAAAUUAAUUUUACAUAAGAAUACUCUGCCUUCAUUUUUAUCAACCAACUUGACUGGACUUCCGGUUUCCUUUUCUUUUUAAUAUCAUUUCACCGUUUGAACUCGAUAACAAUAAGGAACAAUUGUAAAUAAUGAAUAACACCAACCCAGUGUCUUUAGUACCUAAUAUCUUUAUUAUUGUUACGAUUAUUAUUACUGCUGUCGUAAUUUUAUUAUUAUCAUCAUCAUCGUCGUCGUCGUCGUCGUCAUCAUCAUUAUCACCAUUAUCAUAUGUAUCUAGCUGUUCGUCGUUCGUGUGUACACGAAGUUGUCGGGUGUGACAUCGAUUGUUGGUGUCAUUAUAUAACAACAGCACAAAAUAUUUUUGUUCAAGAAAUUUUUUGAAGGUAGUCUGUCGGGCCCCAGGCUAAGACCCCAUUUUUUCGCCAUGUAUUCUCGCAGUAAUAGUAACGGUAAUGCUAAUUGUACUCGUUUAUAAUUUAAAAAGUAUAAUUAAUACCAGUUGCUCGACUCGAGAUAGACUGUAAUUGGGUAGUCAAUAAUGCUGAAUUGUUUAGGAUGUUGGAUGGAAGAUAAUAUUUGUAAAAUUCCUAACGACUUUUUUUCGAGUUUCGACAAAGUCGAUUGAAACACAAAGUGAAAGGGGUAAGGGAGAAUGAUUCAGAACAAAUGAAUGAGUCACGCAUGAUCGCUAAGGCGAUUUUUUGUAGGGCAACUUAUUUCUAAUGAACGAAUAAUAUACACCAAAUAACGCCAAAAUAAACUAAUUAUUGUAAACUCUUUUAACAAA